UUCAUCUUCUUCAUUGUUCAUUAAUUGACUAGACUGAAAGAGAAGCCAAUUACAAACGACCAUGAGCGUGAAGUGUGUUAUGGGGAUAAGAAUGUGUCCCAAACCCUAGUUUUUUUAGAUAGUUUUCCAAGUUGGCAUCCUUUGACUCUUCAAAAGUCAAUCUAUGGAGGUGCAAAUUUGGUUUGAAAGGGAAAAAAAUCUUCGAAGCGGCAGCUUUAUAUAAGCAAAGUAUGUCAUGAAUAUCAUCCCAUGUUUGGAUUCUCUGUAAAUCUAAAGACUGUAGCAGUAUAAUAUCAGUUCUUGUUCUUGAUGAUAAGCAAGUUUGUUUGCAUGGACUGGGAUUUGCAGGCAAUAGUGCGAGGUUGCAGCGUCCACGGUGAGGCCUCAACCUCCAUUAUUAUGGAUGACACACCAUCUUGUUUCUCUCCUUUGAGUCUUCAAGAAGAUGCCCUUUUCGAAUUCCCUAAUAUUUCUGAACCCACAACGAUUUUAACUGAGUUAGAUGAACUUUACAAGCCCUUCUAUCCGCAAAUCAGUCUCAACACCAGUUCCAUUUCGGUUCCCGUUGAAGUUAAAAAGCCUAAGAAGCUCGUGAACCAGCAGUCUCUUUCUGGUUCUUCAACUGGUACCAUUGAUACCGAUCAAGCAGCCAGGCCAAGAAGAGGGAAGAAUCAACACAAAAGAGAAGUGAAAAUGGUGACAGCGGAAGAUCUGUCGGCUGAUUUGUGGGCUUGGCGUAAAUACGGCCAGAAACCCAUCAAGGGAUCACCAUAUCCCAGGAGCUAUUACAGGUGCAGCAGUUCAAGAGGAUGUUUAGCAAGAAAACGAGUUGAAAGAAGCAGCACGGAUCCAAGUGUAUUUAUCAUAACGUACACUGCUGAGCACAACCACGGCCAGCCAACACGGACAAGCUCCCUAUCCGGAAGCACCCGUAUUAAGUCUUCAAUGCGAAGACCUCCGGCAGCCACAGACGAGUCUCUGCACCAGGAAAGCAUAAAAAAAGAGGAUGAACACGUUUCUAAAGAUGGAGAAGACAAUGAAUUCACCAUGCCGGAUUUACUUUUUCACGAUGAAUUGUUUUCAAGCUUGGAAGAUUUAGAAGGACCCAGUUUAAGCUUUAAUUUGAGUUCGUUUGAGUUAAUUUAAAAUGUCAUGGAUAGAUAAAUAGUAUCAGAUUUAUGAAUAGUAUUAUCAAUAAUAUAAUCAAUGACGAAUCUGUAACUUUUUAGUAUAGGCAAUAGUUAGUUCUGAAAGUCAAGAAAGUCAGUUCCAAGAUCAUCAGUUUUCCAAAUACUGACAAAGAUAGGCUUUCUUGUUGCUCUUGUUUAUAACGAAAACUCCACCACAAGGAAUAUAGGGUGAUUGUUUAUUUGUUCACAA